CUAACCGCACCAAAUCAAAUCUCUAUCUCAUGCUAUUUGAAUGUUAGGUGCCGUUUGGGGCUAUGUCGAUGAUCAUCAUCAAAUCACAAGACUGAUAAUUUUUUCCUUGUAUUAACCCGCAAACAAAAAAUUCAUUUCAAAACCCUAACAAUUCACGCCUUCAUUCCCAAAUUAUAUCUUUACGUUCAAGUUUGCAAAAGCAUUUUCCUGGGUUCUUGGUUUUGAGCAUAGAAGAGAAUGUUGAUGGGUCAGACAGAUGGUCUAUCUGAAAUUCGGUCGUCAAAGGAUCAGCUACUUGCUGAUCCUGAAGAACCGGGAGAUGAUUUCCAGUUAGAUAGUUCUGAACAGAUGUUGUACACUGCUUCCUUUGAAGAACUUGCAAGAAACAAUCUUCGGUAUGACACCAUUAUAUGGGUUUCUAUAUCGUUGUCGUUGGUUUUGGCGUGGGGUGUUGGCAUCAUCAUGUUGCUUUACCUGCCCAUUAGAAGAUAUGUGCUUCAGAAGGAUAUUUCGUCACGCAAGCUGUAUGUCACACCUAGUGAAAUAGUUUACAAGGUUUCAAGGCCUUCUUUCAUACCCUUUUGGGGCAUAAUAACAAUUGAGAAGCAUGUUCCUCUUUCUGAGGUGAUUGAUAUUAUAAUUGAACAAGGUUGGUUGCAAUCAAUUUAUGGUAUCCAUACCUUUAGAGUUGAAAGCAUAGCCCAUGGAAAAGCUGCACCUGUUGAUGAACUACAGGUUCAAGGUGUUGCAAACCCUGCACUUCUGAGAAAGUUCAUUGUAAGAGAAGCUGCAAAGGCUAUACAGGAUGUUGGUAAAAGUUGGAAACUUUCUACGGCCACUGGUGAAGUGGAAACUAUUUCUCAAAUGACAUCAUUGACAGAAGGGCAACCUAUCCUAAGAUCACCGGCCAAAAGUCGGAAGAUGAUAGCUUCACCACGUCAUUCUUCUGUGGAGCGCAGAGCAGUUGUGUCUGGAGAGUUGUUUAUGCAAAAACUUGAUGAAGUCAAUAAAUCAGUAAAGGUUUGCACCAUCUUAUUUCUCUUUACUGCACUGAUGAAAGAGUUGAAGGCAUACCAGGAUCUGCGAAUAAUUAGUUGACCCAAAAAUGAAUUGUUGUUGCACCUCAGAAAAUUGAGUUACUCAUCGAGAAGUCACAGGCUUCCUCAGAAAUGUAGUUGAGACGCCAUGGUGCAGACAAGGGAGUAGAGUUUCAAUUUGAGUGAAAUGCGGAGCUAACUUCAU